GGUAGUUUGAUUUGUGUCUAGGUGUGAAACAUUCGAUACCGUGUUCCCUGCAGAAUCUUCGUAAGCUUAUUAGUGAAUUUAUUCUUAAUAUGUGGGGUUUUGCAUCUGAUGCGAUCUAUGGAAAUGCUGGACCGAAAAAUGAGAUUUUAAAGCCAAACACAACUCCUUCAGAGUGUUCAGAUGAUGAAAUUUCUGCAGAAAAGAAUAGGGAGGAAGGACUGGAAUGCCAAAUUUGCUGGGAAUCCUUUAACAUUGUGGAGAAUGUUCCUUAUGUUCUAUGGUGUGGUCACACCAUAUGCAAGAAUUGCAUCUUAGGGCUAAAAUGGGCUAUAGUGAAACUUCCUCCAUUGCCAGUUCAGCUUCCGUUCUUCAUUUCUUGCCCAUGGUGCAGCUGUUUAUCCUUCAGGCUGGUGUAUAAGGGGAUUAUCAAAUUGCCUCGCAGGAACUAUUUUCUCCUCUGGAUGGUUGAAAACAUGAACGGUGGCAUGGCCAUAUCCCAUUUUUCCUUAUGCAGUGAUCAACCAGUUUUUGCUUCAAACAAGAGUGUGGACCAUGUGAAAUCCGCCUGUGUGGCAGCUACUUCUCCUGAUCCCAAAUAUGAUUUCAGCGGUGAUGGAGAUCACACAACGGGUAUCCAUCUCAAUACUGAAAGAUUCCACUUCUUCUUACGCAAAUCCUUAGUUUUACUUUUUAACUUGACUGCCAAAUUCCCAUUGGUCUUCCUAUUUCUUCUAAGUGUCCUGUAUGUUAUACCAGCCAGCGUAAUCAUAUUGGUUGUGUACAUUCUUAUCACUGUUUUGUUUGUUAUCCCGGCAUCACUUGUUUUGUACUUUGCAUUCCCUUUCCUUCGCUGGUUAGGGAGGGGAAUCAUGAGUUGAGUCAGUUUUCAUUCUAAAAUUUACAAUAUAUCCAUUUUUAACACACUCCCUGUA